GCUAAAAUAAAGCCUACUUUUUAAUCUAUGGCUUGAGGAAACUUUAAGAAUAUCCAAGGAACGGCGUGUCGGAAAAGAGUAUCUGAGAAUCGUUAUGCAAUAAAUUCAGUCUUUUCUUUUUCGACCCUAAGGUUAUCACUGCCGACUUUGACCAGUCUGAAGCCUUACAUACAGGAUCGACAUGUGGUCAGUUUAGCAGCUACUCUGACAUGCUGACAUACUACAACAGUCCCGUUUGUGCGGACCAAAAAAGCAACGCUGACGGUUUGGUGGCAUCCUCUCCCAGCCUCCAGCUAACGGAAUAAACUCGAAAUCCGAAGCAUCCCUAAAGAAGCUCGGUAGUGGAGAUGAAAGUAUGAGAACAUUCGCCUACCAUGUUCCCGAUCACACGGAAUCAGACUGAUUCGGCGCCUGCCGCUGAACAAGAAGAAGAAGAGCCGCACCAGAAAAAUCUCCCCAACCCUUCUCUAAAAUCGUCUCGAAUCGUUAGAAUAAAGAAGAAUGUGGUAACAGAGGAGUAUAAGCUCUCCGGACAGGUCCUUGGGGUAGGCUUCAAUGGAAAGGUGUUUGAGAUAUUUCAGAAGCGCACCGGAGAGAAGUACGCCUUGAAGAUGUUGAAGGACAGUCUGAAGGCUCGUCGGGAGGCGGAACUUCACUGCAGGGUAUCAAUCUGCCCCCGGAUCGUGCAGAUUGCAGAUGUCUUCGAUAACUUGUACCAGGGCAAGAAGUGUCUCCUCCUUGUGAUGGAAUGUAUGGAAGGGGGGGAGCUUUUCCAGCGUAUUCAGGCACGUCGGGACCAGCCGUUUACUGAGAGAGAGGCCUUGGCUAUUAUGAAAAGUAUAGGAGAAGCCAUUGAGUUUCUGCACUCCAGUAACAUAGCACACAGGGACGUUAAGCCGGAGAAUUUGCUCUACACGUCAAAGCACCCUGAUGCCCAACUCAAGCUGACAGAUUUUGGUUUUGCCAAAGAGACCACAGCUAAUAGCUGCCUGGCCACACCGUGUUAUACUCCCUACUAUGUGGCGCCGGAAGUACUUGGCCCAGAGAAAUAUGACAAGUCCUGUGACAUGUGGGCUUUGGGCGUCAUCAUGUAUAUAGUCCUGUGUGGAUACCCCCCUUUCUAUUCAAACCGCAGCUUGACGUUGUCCCCGGGGAUGAAGACACGGAUCCGGAACGGCCAGUACGAGUUUCCUGCCCCUGAGUGGUCUGAGGUGUCAGAGGAAGCAAAGCACCUGAUUCGCCAACUGCUGAAAACGGAUCCCACCGAGAGAAUGACUAUCGCAGACUUCAUGAGCCAUCCCUGGAUCAACUGGUCAGUGAACCUACCCCAGACUCCUCUACACACCAGCCAAGUCCUGCAUGAAGAAAGCCACGUUUGGGAAGAAGUCAAGGUCUGCAGCAAUUUUAUGAUACCCACCCCCUGUAACCACUUUGUAUACUUCAUUUUGAUAGGAGCGAAUCAGGAAGAGAUGACGAAUGCCUUGGCAACUAUGAGAGUGGACUACGAGCAAGUAAAAAUCAAGACUAUCGCAGACUCGUCCAAUCCACUUCUUAAGAAAAGAAGGAUGAAAAGAGCUGAAAAACCAGAGGCUGCAGGAUUAUCAUAAACAAAAGGACCCCCUCUUACUGUCUCUCUCACACACAUACAGUACAGUACACCCAGAGGAACUUUUACACAUCCCUUAAAGAAUGCAACCAGCAUCCAAGUUUUUUUUAAUUAAUAUUUUUAUUAUUCUUUUCACUUGUUACAAAUGCCUUCUGUUUUAUGCACCACACAUACAAAGCCUAGGACAAGCUCAGCUGCAGCAACACACACCCUUGGCUCUUGGUUCUCUUUAUGAAUAAAGAAGAGGUGGUCUGCCAGUG